UUUUGUAUUUUUCUUUUUUUCCUUUUUUACUUUUUCCUAUUGUGAGAAGCCAAGAACUGGUCAGCACUCAGAAUAUUUGAGUCUUUUGUUGAGAUUUCAAUAUCUUUGAGGGAGCAGACAUUUUUGGGGGUUGCACUUUUUUGAAGUGGGAUUAUCUGAUUCCAGCUUUGCUUCCACAGUGUUUGGUGCUUCCAAGUUUUUUGCUUUGUAAGGUCAAGACAACAAAGCAUGUGAUCUGAAUCAAAGUUUUGCUCUUUUUGAGACUUUGAAUGUCAUAUUUUCAUGAUUUUUUCAGUUGGGUCUGAGCUAUUUUAUCUGUUUUUUGCUUUUAUUCUUCUGGGGUUGUUGAAAAAUUGAGUCUUGGAGAAGUGGGGUGAAUAUUUUUGGAAAUUUCUUUUGCCCCUUUGUGUAUUUCCUUCUUUUGAGUGAAUUUAGGGAAGUUAGGUUUUGAUUAUUUGUUUGAUUUUAGGGGUUUUUGGUGAUUUUAAGGUGAAGAGUAGAGAAAAGUUGACAUUUUUUUGGAGUUGAGGAGCUUGAUGAGGGUGGGUGGGAGGGAGGUGGGGUUGAAAAUUGGGUUGUUGGUGGGGUUUUCAUGAUAUUUGAGUUUGAUUUUAGGUAUUGCAAAAUAUGGGAUUAGGUGGUGAUGGUGAAAAGGGGGAGUCUUGGGAUGUAGAGAAAUCAAAGGGGAAGAAGAAGAAAGAGGUUGCUGAAGAGGAAACUGGAUGUUGGACUAAGUUGUGGUUUAUUGGUAGCUGUAUUUCUUCAAGAUCUAAAGUUGAUAGCUCCAUCAGUGGCAUCAGCACUCACUGUGCAGAAAGUAAAUCUACGAACACAAGCAGAGACCAACCUGUUGCACCAAUUAUUUCAUCUACAACUACCAGCAAUGCGGAAAGUAAUUCAUCCACCUCCAAACUUGAAGAGGAGCUUAAAGUUUCUUCUCGGCUUCGAAAGUUCGCAUUUAACGAUUUGAAGUUGGCAACAAGAAACUUCAGACCAGAGUCCCUUCUUGGUGAAGGGGGUUUCGGAUGUGUCUUCAAGGGGUGGAUCGAAGAGAAUGGCACAGCACCUGUUAAACCAGGGACAGGGCUUACUGUUGCUGUGAAAACACUGAAUCAUGAUGGACUUCAGGGUCACAAAGAAUGGCUGGCUGAAGUGAAUUUCCUGGGUGAUCUUGUUCACCCUAAUUUGGUUAAACUGAUUGGUUACUGCAUUGAAGAUGAUCAGAGACUGUUAGUUUAUGAAUUUAUGCCUCGAGGAAGCUUGGAAAAUCAUCUGUUCAGGAGAUCCAUGCCUCUUCCUUGGUCUAUCCGCAUGAAGAUUGCUCUGGGUGCUGCAAAAGGUCUUGCUUUUCUUCAUGAGGAAGCAGAAAGACCAGUAAUAUACCGUGAUUUCAAAACAUCCAACAUUCUACUAGACGCGGAUUACAAUGCCAAACUUUCUGAUUUUGGCCUUGCCAAAGAUGGUCCUGAGGGUGAUAAAACACAUGUUUCCACUCGUGUCAUGGGAACGUAUGGUUAUGCAGCCCCUGAGUAUGUGAUGACAGGGCAUCUAACGUCGAAGAGUGACGUCUACAGUUUUGGUGUAGUUCUACUUGAAAUGAUAACAGGUAGGAGAUCGAUGGACAAGAACCGACCAAAUGGGGAACACAAUCUUGUUGAAUGGGCACGACCUCAUCUUGGUGAAAGAAGAAGGUUUUACAGAUUGGUCGAUCCUAGACUUGAAGGCCAUUUUUCAAUAAAAGGUGCUCAGAAAGCUGCACAGUUGGCUGCUCGUUGCCUUAGUCGUGAUCCCAAAGCUAGGCCGAUGAUGAGUGAAGUGGUUGAAGCCUUGAAGCCAUUACCAAAUCUUAAAGACAUGGCCAGCUCAUCCUACUAUUUCCAGACAAUGCAAGCUGACCGAGUUGGAUCAAGUCCAAGUACCAAAAAUGGCGUUAGAACACAGGGAUCGUUCUCGAGGAAUGGACAACAACAUCCUAGAAGUCUUUCAAUCCCAAAUGGUUCUCAUGCUUCUCCAUACCAUCAGCAAUUCCCUCAGAACUCACCAAAACCAAACGGCAAAACUUAGUAUUAUUGGAUUGACAAGUAAUCUGUUUCUACCAUUCUUUUCGUUUUCUCCCCAGCUAUGAAUAUAUUUUGUUGGCCACCUCCCGUUUUGUCGUUAGAUGAACUGGCAAAAGGGAAGGAGUGCACAAUUAACUUAAGUUGUGAUCUUUGAAAAUGCUGAACUCCCACUUGAAAAGAAUGUAUUGUAAGCGGAGCUCAAGUCCAUGGAGUAAAUAUUGUGUCGAAUGUACCUCUCCGCCAGCUGA